CAUAUCUUAGUCUUAUACCUGACCUGGGCAAAACCAAUCCUCCUGAGGCCCUAAGGUUACACUGGUACAUGUGUUGUUUUUCACUUAGCAUAAGCACAGUCUGGGAGAGGAAGACAGUUGCCCGUGGUUCCCUUACCUGGGGAAUUAAUUAUCGCCAAAAAAGAUCAUGGUUGGCCCACUUAAGGUUGCUCACUUCCCAAUAAACAAGCCUCACUUAAGGUCCUCUUCUUCAUUCAGCUGCAGGACACUAAUCAGAAAUUUGCUAAAAAUCACCCAAGAUGCCAAGCCAGCUCGAGGGGGCCAUGGACGCCUUGAUAAGCGUUUUCUACAAUUACUCUGGAAAUGAUGGUGACAAAUACAAACUCAACAAGGGUGAACUAAAGCAGCUUCUUAAUAGCGAGCUGACGGACUUCCUCACGUCUCAGAAAGACCCUCUGCUGGUGGAGAAGAUCAUGAACGACCUGGACUCAAACAAAGACAACGAGGUGGACUUCAAUGAGUUUGUGGUUCUGGUGGCAGCGCUCACUGUGGCCUGCAACGACUUUUUUCAAGAGCAGCAGAAGAAAUCCAAGUAAAUAUUGUCAAUACUCGUCUACGGCGUCUCACUGUGAUCUGUGGUUUUGUCAAAGAAAUGCCAACCAUUUACAUUGGCAAAU